AUGGAAGAAAUCAAUAUUUCCAAAAACUAUAAUAUAACUUAUAUCAAGAAAUCAGAAACAACAACUAUAUCAUACACUGAAGAACAGCAAGAAAUUGAAAAUAGUCUACUCUAUAAGGAAUUUAACAAACCAAAAGACAAACGAGACCUAGAGAACUUUGAUAAAUAUUUAAUUAUUUUAGGAGCAAUAACCCUUGCAGAACAAAAACCAGAAGACUUUGAAUACAGAUAUUGGUUAAACAACCUAAUACAAAAACAAUUGCGAAGUGGAGACUAG